AGUCUCCGUCGUGCUUCUGCCGCGUCUAGAAGGCCAUGUCUCGCCUGCCGGCCGGCGUUGUUUUCGCGUACCUCGUCGCGACCUUCUCGAUUCUUCCUGCGGACGGGUCACAGCUCCUGCUGCCCGACACCAGUGGCAUCGACGGUCAGCUGACUGCCGACCUCAAAGUCGAUCACUUCUUCUCGCUGUGGCUGGUGUUCAACAAUGACGACGUCGAAUUAUCAGACAAGCCAUUCACCAUCUUGGCACCGCAAAACAUAGCGACGAAACACGCGGAAAACCUCCUCCACCAACCCGAACUGAUCAAGAAGCUGCUAUUCGAUCACGUGGUCCUCGGCUCUCUCAUUGACCUGACCAACAUCACCACCGACAUCUCUUUCACCACCCUAGGGGGGCGGACGGUCAAAGUUCGCCCCACCAAAGAGGACAGCGGCAAGCUGUGGGCGAACGAAGCCAACAUCAUCCAGAGGAAGGUGAAUGUCCCCAAAGGCAUCCUAGUCGUCGUCGACAACUUCCUCUUUCCUCCCGAGCACAUCAUCAGGAGGAACGAGACGCAAGCGAAGCUCAUGGAAGUCGGAUUGUUUCCUGCUGCAAAGGAAGGCAGCAAGAACCACUCGAACACAACCUUCAUGGAGAACAUACUGGAGGUGCUGUCAUUUCUCAAGAGCGGAGUCAGGGUGUUUCAGCACUUUUUGACCAGGUCCAAUGUCUCCAAGCUGUUGCUUGAAGACCAAGAAUACACGGUGUUCGUUCCGACCGACCACGCUUUCCAAAGGUGGCACCCCAUCGACUGGGGCUUCUACCCCUUCAGCGUGCCCGAGUUCACCGAGAGCGUUAUCGUCAACCACUUUGUCAGGGGCCGACUGAAACAGGACACGAUCAAAGAUGGCGACGUAGUGAGGACUCUGGGUGGAAAGGAAAUUGUUUUCGCGAAGACUCCCAGCCUGACGGUGAACGGCGCCAUGAUCGUGAAAGGCGACACACCGGUGGCACACGGCAACAUCAUGUUCGUCGGCGAGGUGCUGUUCGUGAGCGAGGCCGUCGUCUCCAGGCUGCACCAGCAGCACAAGGACAAGGAGACGCCGCCACUGCUCGCGUUCCCCUGGUUCGGGGCGCAGUUCCUCUCGCACGCCUUCCUGGCCCUCGAGAGAGACAAAAGGUUCACGCAUAUCACCAGGUUUUUGAAUCUUGCCGACUUGGCGCCACAUGUCUCUGGGACUGGAUAUACUUUCUUCGUACCCACUGAUACGGGUUUUGAAGAACUUGGUUUGGAUAAAAUGCCAGACAACUAUUUAUCAACUGGAGAAGGAUUACAAAUAUUGUUGAAUCACUUUGUCAAGGGCCGUCUAUAUGACAGAGAUCUGACAGAUGGAAGUCGACUCACCACUUUGGGAAAUAAAACAAUCACUAUCAAAAGGACUCAAGACAAAGUGAACGUCAACCAAGCAACCAUUGUGGAAAGCGAAGUUUUCGUCUACAACUUGGGAACGAUGUUCUAUAUUGACAAAGUUUUAUUCACAUUAUCCAACACCUUACUUCCUAAUACAAGUACCAACAUAAGUACUAGUACUAGUACUCAGAAGUCAGUAGAAACUACGCUGCCUGCCUUCACAACUCGAUCCAAUGUUGAGAAAGUACCAGAAGAGUUAGUGGGCGAAUCUGGGACAUUGCCUGAUAUUCUAUUGACAGAAGAAACGACUACAGAAGAUGACAUUGCUACCAUGACAGCAACCAAUGGAAAUAACACAAUAAAAUAAUUAGUAUAUCUGGGUGUAUAUUAUUUUUUAUUUAUUUUAAAUAAAUAGGAUUUUUUUA